AAUUUAAAAAAAUUUUUUGCAAAUUUUUGAGUUCAAAACAAACUUGGAUAUUACUUUACUUUCUGACAUUGUUCAGUUUCUUCUAACACGGAUAUAUUCUCUCACUAAAAAAACCCACAAAAAUGGUGCGCAGCCUGGCCCAGUGGACGAAAACGUUAAGUUUUCCGUCACGCCUCUCACCCAAUCGCAAUUCCAAAGAUUGUUCGACAUUGAAUACAACUAGUCCGGUACCACCACCCACCCCACCAAGGAAUAAAAAUUCAAAUUGUGCUACCUCCCGUUCCACAUCGUCGACAGUUUCAUCAGCCUCGGGCACCUCGACAUCAUCGAAUAAUAACAACAACAUGCCAAUUACGGAAUUGGAACAAAUUAUUUACCCCGGUCCUGAUCCAAAACAAGCCAUAAUGGGUUCUUUGGUCUUUUGCAUACAUCACAAACAGGGCUGCACUUGGUCGGAUGAAUUACGCAAGCUAAAAGCCCAUUUAAAUGUCUGCAAACACGAUGCCACCCAAUGCCCCAACAAAUGUGGCGCCCAAAUCCCACGCAUUAUGAUGACCGAUCAUUUACAGUACACCUGUACCAUGCGCCGUACCAAAUGUGAAUUUUGCCAAAGUGAAUUUUCUGGUGCCGGUUUGGAGGAGCAUGCCGGUACCUGUGGCCAGGAACCCAUCUAUUGUGAGGCCAAGUGUGGCCAACGUGUGUUACGCGGACGCAUGACUCUGCACAAAUCCAAAGAUUGCACCAAACGUUUGAGACGUUGUUUGCACUGUAAUCGGGAAUUUUCGGCCGACACCUUGGCUUUGCAUGUCAAUCAAUGUCCCCGGGCUCCCACAGUUUGUCCACAACGUUGUGAUGUUGGACCGAUUGCAAGGGCAGAUUUGGAGGCCCAUUUACGCGAUGAGUGUAAGGCAUUGGCCAUUGCAUGCUCCUUCAAGGAGGCCGGUUGUCGUUUCAAGGGACCACGUCAUCUAUUGGAGGCCCAUUUGGAGGCAAAUGCCGCAGCCCAUCUUUCGUUGAUGGUGGCGCUCUCUGCCCGCCAAGGACAACAGAUACAAAUGCUCAAAUCAGCUGUCUCCAAACUGUCCAUUAACUUUACCGGUACUCUCUUGUGGAAAAUCACUGAUUGGUCUGCCAAAAUGGCCGAGGCCAAGGGCAAAGAUGGUCUGGAGUUGGUCUCACCGCCAUUCUACACCUCCCAGUAUGGUUACAAGUUACAAGCCUCAAUGUUCUUAAAUGGCAAUGGACCCGGUGAAAACACCCAUGUCUCGGUCUACAUUAAAGUUUUGCCCGGUGAAUAUGAUGCUCUACUCAAAUGGCCCUUCUCCCACUCCAUUACCUUUACACUGUUCGAGCAGGGUGCCCAAUCGGGCCAGGGUGGUGUGGCCGAGUCCUUUGUACCCGAUCCAACAUGGGAAAACUUCCAACGUCCCUCAAAUGAACCCGAUCAAUUGGGUUUCGGUUUUCCAAGAUUCAUCUCACACGAUCUGCUCUACAAGCGGCCCUUCAUCAAAGAUGAUACGGUGUUUUUAAGAGUCAAGGUGGAUCCAAGUAAAAUUGUGGCCGUUUAAUUAAGUUUUUUAAAUAUUAAGAUUAUUUCUUCUUUAUAUAAAUACUGUGUAUUUAAUUUUAGUUUAUAAGGCAAACUUUCAAUGUAAAUAUUAGUUUUUAAGUCCAACAAAAUUAUGCAGAGCCAUUCUUGUUAAGCAAAACACCAAAAAUUUGAACAAAAAACAAACGGAAGAUUAAAGCUUCGCCAAAGUAAUCCUGGGGGAUUACUUCAAUUGGGCGAUAGCACGACAAAUAUCAUUCUUAAAAAAACAAAA